AUGGCUGUUCGUGUCGCAUUCGAAUCAUCUUCAGAGAUUGGUGUAUUUGCUCGAUUGACAAAUACGUAUUGUUUAGUUGCAAUUGGUGGAAGUGCAAACUUUUAUUCAACUUUUGAUGCUGAAUUGGGAGAUAUUGUACCAGUCGUUCAUUGCAGUAUUGCAGGUACACGUUUGAUCGGAAGAUUAACAGUAGGAAACAGACAUGGAUUAUUGGUUCCAAGUACUACCACCGAUCAAGAAUUACAACAUUUACGCAAUAGUCUGCCCGAUUCUGUUGCGAUACAGAGAGUGGAUGAACGAUUGAGUGCGUUGGGAAAUGUGAUCGCAUGCAAUGAUUACGUUGCGCUCGUUCAUCCUGAUUUGGACAGGGAAACGGAAGAGAUUAUUGCAGAUGUCCUAAAGGUGGAAGUUUUCAGACAGACGAUCGGAGAUAACGUCUUGGUUGGAUCAUAUUCCGCAUUGACAAACCAAGGCUGUCUCGUUCACCCCAAAACAUCAUUGCAAGAUCAAGAUGAAUUAUCUUCACUAUUACAAGUACCUCUCGUUGCAGGAACCGUAAACAGAGGUAGUGAAUUGAUUGGUGCAGGGCUAUUGGUCAACGAUUGGGCUGCAUUCACAGGUGUAGACAGUACCGCAACCGAAUUAUCCGUCGUUGAAGCAGCAUUCAAGAUCAGUCAAAGUGGUGCAUCAGGAGUUGUGGACGAAUUGCGUGAUGCAUUGGUGGACACUUAUGCAUGA